GAAAACAUCUACUUCGCCAUCUAGAGGAGUAGAUACAUUAUACCACUUUCAAAGAUCUCCUCACCGAAUCUUUUCAGCUUCAAGCCCUAAUUUACUCGCUUCUUCUAUAUUGAGAACACAUUCCUCCCUCGUUUCGCGGCAUCAACUUCGACGCUUCCAGUCGUUUCCAUCACCAUCCGUCACUCCAGUAUAUCUGCUAUCAGACCGUAGUAGCCAUGCGUUCAUCCACCUGGACGAAGGCUUUCGUCCUUCAGGCCCUGGCUUUCAACGUCUCAGCUUCUGCUACCCCGAACGAAGAUGUAGCUGUGAGCGAAAGAGACUUGGCGCAAGCCAGUCUAUUCAAGAGAGUGGUGUCUGCUUUCUCUGUCCCCCGCUCCCUCCAUACCCGUGAGGACGACUCCGACACCGACCUGGUCAAGAAAGCCGUCGUCGAGGUCGAGGAAGUAGUAACCGCCGAUCAACUCGAGAGGCGUGGAGCGACCAGCACCGCGGGCGCCGAUGCUGAUAAAGUUAACUCGGGCAACAAGGCUGCCUCCACCAGUGCAGCCGGCAAGGCUGCCGCGCUCUCUUCCGAGGCUGCUGCCUUUUCUUCUAACGCCCAGGCCGCUUCGGUGGGUAGCUCCGCUGCUGCUGACAUAACUGCUUCGGACAAGGUCAACGCUGCUAGUUCCCAUGCUGCUUCCACCGGCAAGGCCGAAGCCGCCGAGUCCUCCGCCGCCCCUUCCUCCGCUGACCAUGAGGCCGAGUCUUCGGCUGCCAACUCCUACGCCGCCCCCACCGGAAAGACCGCUGCUGCUGAGUCUUCUGGUGCCGCUUAUUCUGGCGUCACUUAUUCUUCCGCCGCUUAUUCUGCCGUUGAGUCUGCCGAUGCUUACGAGUCCGCCGAUGAUUGCGAGUCCGCCGCUGCUUACGAGUCUGCCGCUCCGUCUAAGGACGCCGCUGAGGAUCAGGAUUACGCUAGCGAAGAGAGCGACAGCGACAGCGAUAGUGAGGAUGAGGAUGAGGAUGAGGAUGAGGCAAAUACCGAGGAAGACGGUGCUGACGGUGCCGAUGGCAAGGACACCUCGCCUACUCCCACCGCCGACGCUGCUGGUGGCGAGGAAGAAAGCGAGGAACCCUACCCCGAAGAGGAAUCUGAGGAUGCUGAAGGCGUAGCUACUGAAACCGGGUACGAGUAUGGUGGCUAUGGUGCCUAUGGUGGAUAUGGCGGCUGGGUUACGUCUACUGCCCUGUCUGCUGCUCCUGCGGCCACCGACGACAGCGCGGACGGUAAGGAGCGUGAGGAAUUUGCGGACGUGCAGCUGGCUGGUGCUGCUGGACAGAGAGUUGAUGCUAAGAUUGCGCUGGCUGUUGGGUUGGCUGGGUUGGUGUUUGCGCAGCUUUAAGAAGCUGAUGUUCCCUUGGUCUGUGUGAGAGGGCGGGCAGUGACAUCAGGGCUCUUUCAUCUUCGAAUCGGCUUGGCGACCCCUACCCGGAAGAAAAAGGGGGCACUUAUCAAUGCUCCCUCUCUCUCUCUCUCUCUCUCUCUUCCUCUCUCGACGGACUACACUAAAAAGUACAAUUGACUGGUUGACAGUCUCUUGGCUCUGUUUGGUCUCUUGCGGAACUGGUUCAGGCGGUAACCAACAACCGAGGGAGAUCAUGGUCUUUGCUGCUCGGUUUUGACUAUGUCAACGUAUUAGUUAUUGGCCAGUUAUUGUGUCAAAUUAGUUCGACUUGGAGGAACGAAGGGUUGUACACGCGAACAGGCUCCUUAUAGGGUUGUCUCUGGCUUUGUCGCUCUUUUAUACCUAGGCUUUUGUUCAGAUCUUUCUUUUGGCAUGCCUGUUCAAUUUAACAACAGAUACACGGGUUCGAUACGUUCAUUUAGAUCUAUAACCCAAAUGGAAAUAGAGCAGGCGAGCUAGUGUUGGAAAUUGAAUGAUGGCAAGGGGACACGGGGGAAACACGAAAGAUUGUGGGAAUGACUCUGUAUGAUAGUGAUAGGGUAGAUGUUGUAUAGAAAUUGGCAUUCUCACACUUC